UUAUAAUAAAAGGAGGAUAGAACAUAAAUAAAAUAUUGACAAGAAGUAUCAACAAGCUGUGAAAAAUUAGGGAAAAAGCUAUGGUUUUGAAGAGAUAUCAACCCUAUUUGGCAAUGCUCUCUAUACAAUUAUUAUAUGCAGGCAUGGCUUUGUUUUCUAAAGCAUCCAUGUCCAAUGGCAUGAACCCUUACGUGUUUGUGGUUUAUCGACAAGCAUUCGCAACCCUAGCCUUGGCUCCCUUCGCUAUUUUCCUCGAAAGUAACAAGACAGCUUCCCUUUCAUUCACCUUACUAGUGAAGAUAUUCUUUAUAUCCUUAUUUGGGAUUACUUUGAGCCUGGAUCUAUGCUAUGUUUCCCUAGGUUACAUAUCAGCGACGUUUGCAUCUGCAAGCACUAACACAAUCCCUGUUAUUACCUUCAUCUUAGCUUUAUGCUUCAGGAUGGAGAGCAUUUGUUACAAGCAAAGCCAUGGAAUAGCUAAGAUUAUUGGUUCAGUUGUGUGUGUUACUGGGGCUGUAGUUUAUGCUUUUGUGAAUGGACCUCCUUUAUAUCCAGAAAGCCAUAAAGAAGUUCAUUAUCAAACUUCAAUUGGCACCCCCAAAGGGGAAUGGAUUAAAGGUUCUAUCAUCAUGCUCUCAGCCAAUACCAUGUGGUCAUUGUACCUUAUUCUCCAGGGUCCAAUUAUGAAACAAUAUCCAGCAAAAUUAAGGCUUACAACUCUUCAAUGCCUCUUUAGCUGCAUUCAAUCUGCAAUUUGGGCUAUUUCAGUAAAGAGGGACAUUGCUGCAUGGAAAUUAGGUUUCAAUUUCAAUCUUCUCUCUGUGGCUUAUUGUGGUGUGCUGGUCACUGGGCUAUCAUAUUGGCUAAGAGCAUGGGUAAUAGAGAUAAAAGGACCAGUUUUUACAGCUAUGUUUACCCCAAUAGCUUUAAUAUUUACAGCCUUAUUUUCAUCUAUCUUUUGGAAGGAGACUCCUCAUUUGGGAAGUGUUUGUGGAGCAAUAUUGCUAGUGAUGGGACUUUAUGGUGUUUUGUGGGGUAAACAAAAGGAAGCAGAGUGCAAAAAGGCAAGUCAAUGCAAAGGAGAAAUUACCAGCAUAUAACAAAGGGAAUGAAUGGAUAUGCAUUAUUAAGAUAAUAAUUAUUGAAAUUAAAGUUCUCUUUUCUGUUCCUUUUCUCUCUUUAAAUGAGUGGUUGUUUGGUUC